UGCCAGUCAGUGCCACCUAUCAAUGCCAAUCAGUGCCACCUAUCACUGCUGCCAAUCAGUGCCACCUAUCAGUGCCAGUCAGUGUCGCCUAUCAGUGCCAUGCCAGUCAGUGCUGUCUAACAGUGCCAGUCAGUGUUGCCUAACAGUGCCAGUCAGUGCCAUAUAUCAGUGUCAUGCAUCAGUGUCAUGUAUCAGUGCUGCCUUUCAGUGCCCAUCAGUGAUGCCUGUCAAUGCCCAUCAGUGCAACCUACCAGUGCCUCCUCAUCAG